UCUCAUCAGUGUUUGUUAGGAGCUGUCAGACAAGAAAGAAGCAGUGACGACUGACGGACAAAGGAAAGGUAUUCUUCACCAAUGAAAAGAAGAUUAACUGGAAAACAGCCUCACCUCUGAGGCAUGAGUGUCUUGAAGAUGUAAAGAUAAGCAGCUGAUCUGGAUCUGAGAAAAAGAAAAAAAAAGAAACGGGACUCUGUGAACCCUUGCUGUCAGGGGAAGGAAUGGCUCUCCUCUGGUUCUUGGUGUGGUUGGUACUCCCGAAUCGGGCUCUCCUUUCUGGUCUCGAUCAUUGUGACAUUCACGAGACCAACAGCUUACACAACAUGUCCCCUUGGCUGCAGUCCUUACAAUGCUAUAAUGACUACAGUUCCCAUGUGGAUUGCAAGUGGAAGCCACCAACAAACAUGACAAUACAGGUCUGGUUCAAGAAAGAUAUUGAAGAUAACAGCAGUGAGCUGUGUGUGCCUUUUGAAGCUGAAAAUGCAACCGAGGAUGGAGUUGUCCACUGCAGAUUUAAAACUUUUGUAUUUGCUAUUGGCACCCGCCAUACUGUUUUCUUCAUGAACAACCAGACAGCAAGCCUCUGCUCACCUUCCCAGCAUACAGCUCAAGAUCUUGUUCAGCACAUGAGAGCACGUCCGCCUGGGAAUCUGUCUGUGUCAGAGCAAAAUGAUGGAAGCCAAAUGCUGCAGUGGUCCAGCCCAUAUCCUCCAUCUUCUUCCCUGAACAAAAACCUCACAUUUCAGCUCAGCUUCAGGCACCAGGCUGAGGACACGUGGACUAUCAAGACUGUCGCAACCACCAGAAUGACAAUUAAGAGGCAGUGGCUGCUUCCAGGCCAUAGAUACGAAGCCAAGGUGAGAACCAAGGCCAGUCUGGGCCGGUGGAGCGAAUGGAGUCCUGUGGUGAUUUGGAAAACUAGAGAUGAGUCUGGGCAGCUUCCCUCUUUGCACUGUGUUCUGGAUGGAGAAAAGGAAGUGAUGUGUAGCUGGGAAGUGAGCAGAGAGCUGGCCUAUCUCAUCGCCUACCAGCUGACCUGUCGACACACCCAGACUGCACAGUAUGAGAGAUGUUGCUUGAACCCAGCAGUGAGAUCUACCAGAGGGACUGAAAUGAGAUACAGCUGCCUUCUCACUAAUGUGGACCCUGAAACUCUGCAGCUGAAGCUCCUGCUGACACACAAUGCUAAGACUUUUGCUGCCCACAAAUACAUCCGUUCCAAACCGCCGGAGCAGGUGAAAGUGAGAGAGACAAACGGUGACUGGGAUGUUGAGUGGUCUGCACCAUCUACAGCACCUUCAGAGCUCUUUUAUCAGGUCUCAUAUUACAGGACAAAAGAUCAGGGGUCUUCUUUGCUGCUGAACAGUUCCAAGGGGUCCACAUGCGUGACCAUCCUGGGAACAUCUCUUAUCCCACUCCAGGACUACGAGGUGAAAGUGAGGUCACUGGUCGUCCCUGGAAGCGGUUCCACCUACGAAGGAAUCCCCUCAGAAUGGUCUGAUCCUGCGAAGUGGACCUCAAAUAAAGCCACCUGGUCAGUCCUUAAACUGAUAUAUCUCUUCAGUGCUUUGAUUGCAGCCGCAGCCUUUCUGACUCUGUACCACACCAUUCCAGCUUGCCAGAAGAAAGUCGUGUUGUGGGUGGAUUCAGUUCCCUCUCCAAGCAAAAGCAAGACCCUGUCUGAGAUCAAGUCUUCCCCUUCACCAUUCUUCAUGCAAAGUGAGAAGACCUCUAUUUGUAACGUGCAGCAGUUCGACAGCAUAUCAACCUGGUCCUCAGACACUUUGCUGUGGCCGACCAAGGGCACUGAGAAAAGUUGUGCUGAUCAGAACUGGAAAUGCAGGAACUGCGAUAAACUCCCCUCUACAACUGAUAGCGUUAAUGGUUUAGACACGUCAGCUAUAAGCUUCAGUGGGCCUUACAUCUUCUGUCAGGAAUCAGGAGCCAUGUCAGCGAAGGUCCAGCAAAAAGAGCUCAAUAAAACAUCAUCAGAUGGAGCCACACCUCUUUUUGUGGCACCAUGCCCCCUUAAUGAUAAAGAUUACGUGUGCCUUCCCAGCCACACUCUCUCAAGGUCCACAGAGGAUCUCACAUCCAACAGCAACUCAGGCCCAAAAUGGUACGACAGUCCUGAGCAGGACCAGCACCACCCGCACACCACACUGCGGCCCAUUCAGUCUGAGAGUCGAUCCAGCUUUGGAGAGCCCACUAUGAAAAAUCAACCUUCUGAGUACACAUCAGGACCUCUCCCCUCGUGGCCACAAGAGGGCAGUAGAUCUGGAUACUGCCAGCUCCCAUCUGCCUUAAUGGCAGCAUCAAAAUGAACAGCAGCAUGCAAGAGCUAAUUUCAUGAGGACACAGCAGGAUUUAUAAACAGAUACAAUUAAGCAGUUAUGGACGUUUUGAUAAGCUUUCUACUUUAUUUCAGGAUGCUUAAGCUUUUAUAAGAAAAACACAAUUUAAUCUUGUUGCACAAAGUGUUUUAAGUUGCCUAUAGUGAUUGUAUUUCAGUAAUAUGUAACUAUCUGUAAUCUGUGAACAAACUGCCACCCAGAAAACGGGCUAAUACAGAGUCAGAAGGCGAAGUAUCACAAGUUCAGAAAAACUAAUGCUGCAAUGCUGUUUUCAGCAUUUUUUUCAUGUCUAGAGCAUUUCAAUUUCAAUAAAAGUUAAAUACACAAGCUAAUAAGACAAA